GCCCGCCCGGACAGCUUAAUGAGGACCAGGCACGUGAACUUGUUGAUAGCGCUCGUCGCCGUUGUGCUCUUCAGUUUCUCCUGCUUCUGCAUCUCCAGGAUGACUCAAACCAGUAAUCAAUUAAUUAAUUGUAGAAACCAUAUUUUGGAGUUUAAGGAAGGUAUACUACAUUUAAAAAACAGAACUGAAAGAAAUCGCCAAGAGCUGAUUAAAGCCUUGAAUAAAAUCAAAUAUGAAAUCACACAAGGAGAGAAUAUAUCAGUAAAUUCGGUUAAGAAGAAAGUGAAUGCAUUGGAUAGGAAUGAAACAACCCCUAAUGCAUUUGAAGUCCUGAAGUUCUUUUUCCCUCAUCUAAGGAAAGUAGGCAGAAUUUAUCCUGAUGUAAUUAUUGGCAAAGAGAAAACAGGUGUUUCUUUUGCACUGGGUAUUUCCACUGUUGACAGAGGAAAUCGUAGUUACCUGAAGCAGACGCUGACCUCUGUUGUCUCCAGGAUGACUCUUUCAGAAGAGAAGGACUCCGUGGUGAUUGUCUCUGUCUCAGACAGUAACGAAGAUUAUUUAAAAUCUGUGGUUGACAUGAUUACAAAAAAGUUCAAAAGGCAACUGAAGUCUGGAUCCUUAGAAGUCAUUUCAAUACCUGCUUAUUUUUAUCCAAACAUGUUGCAUACCAAGCAAUCAACUGAGGACUCACAACAACUAGAGAGUUGGCGAAUCAAACAAGUAUUGGAUUUUUGUUUUUUGAUGCUGUAUGCCCAGCCUAAAGCCAUGUAUUACUUACAGCUAGAAGAUGGUAUUAUAGCUAAAAAGAUGUACCUUACAAAAAUCACAGAUUUUGUGCAUAAAAUCACUUCAAAGAAUUGGUUUUACAUUGAGUUUUCAAUUCUUGGAUUUAUAGGAAAGCUAUUCAAAUCUGAGGACUUAACUGACUUCAUACGUUUUUUUUUAAUGUUCUACAAAGAUAAACCCAUAGACUUGCUCUUGGGGGACCUUUUUCAGGUAAAGAUGUGUAAACCAGGAGAAACUCUUGAAAAAUGUACAGAACGAAAUAAGCAAAUUCGUAUUCGAUAUAAACCUUCUCUUUUCCAGCAUGUGGGUAUACAGUCAUCAUUCCCUGGAAGAGAACAAUAUUUCAAAGAUAUCUACUACUAGGAAUUUCAUAAUUCUAAUACCUUCUUUAAAUGGUCAGAAGCAUUCUUUGGAAAAAAUGGCAUCACAAGGAUUAGACUAUUUCUCAACUUUCUUCAUAGUGGAUAAGAGAUUUUAUCAUAUUUAAAAAAGUUAAACCUUUAAUAAUAAAAUGAAAAUAUGAAGAAAAAAGCUUAACAAGAAGAAACUCCGUAAUACAUGGAGCUUCAGAUCACCAUGAUUUCUAAUGGUAUCUUUCAGAAAUUGUAAUAAUGAAAAUACAUAGUUAUAUAGAAGAGGAGAAAACAAUGAACAGACUAGUAGACUUGAAAGUAUUAAACUACGUCUUACAUCAAGAAAAACUAGAACAUUUAUUUAUGAUAUUUGUACCUUUACGAUUCCUUAAUAUAAAAAUAGUAAAGGCAGGGAAGUUUUUAAAAAUUAAGAAAUAUAUUUUGUUGACUUAGGGAUGCUAUCAUAUACUCUCAAUAAGUCGUUGAAAGUUCAGAAACUUGCUAUUGUCAUGGACAGGUUCUGUGUGAACUGGUGUAUAUGCUCUUAUCCAUUUUGUUAAGACAUUUAAAAUAGAAAUUUAAAAAAAUUUAAAAAUAAAUAAAACAGAACAAGUUUAAGCAAGUCUGGGUCUGGCAGUGCCACAGUAUCUUCUUGUCUUUUUAGUAUAUGCAUUUAAAACUCUAAA